UGAAUUAGGGCUGACCUAUCUGACUUGAACGGGCCUGAUCGUGAAAUUUAGUUACUAACAACAGCAACAGCAGCAGCAGCAUUCGUCGUCAUCCGCCUUCCGUCUCAAUCUCGAUCCGAGAAAGCAACGCCUCGCCGCCAUGGACUCCCCUCGGACUCCCCCCAAGGCCCGGCUGCCUGUCAUAGAGCCCAGCUCCCCUCGCUUCUUCCUCUCGGCCGCCGCCGCCGCCAGCCCCGGUUCCCACCGCCGGAUCGCCAUCGCCGUCGAUCUGAGCGACGAGAGCGCUUACGCUGUCGAGUGGGCCGUCCAGAACUACCUCCGCCCGGGCGACGCCGUCAUCCUCCUCCACGUCCGCUCUACCAGCGUCCUCUACGGCGCCGACUGGGGCGCCAUCGACCUCUCGGUCGAGUCCGAGGACGCCGAGUCGGAGGUGUCGCCCCAGCGGCUGGAAGAGGACUUCGACGCCUUCAUGGCUACCAAGGCGCAGGACCUGGCUCAGCCGCUCGUCGAGGCGCAGAUCCCUUUCAAGAUCCACAUCGUCAAGGACCACGACAUGAAGGAGCGACUCUGCCUCGAGGUCGAAAGGCUUGGUCUGAGCGCGGUCAUAAUGGGGAGCCGAGGCUUCGGGGCAUCCAGGAGGAACAAUAAGUCUCGGCUUGGGAGCGUAAGCGACUACUGUGUGCAUCACUGUGUUUGUCCUGUUGUUGUGGUUCGAUACCCCGACGAUGCUGCUGGUGUCGAGUCCGGGGGCAUGGGAUCGUCUUUCCCUCUUGCCAAUGGCUCCAAAGUUCCUGUGGGGAAGGAGACCGACCUCGAUGCGGUGGCUGAGGAGGAGCAAGAGUUUCAUGAUGCCGCUGAAGAGCACAAAGAUGCAUGAUAAACAUGGCACAGGCAUCAUUUUCUACAGUGAGGAUUGAGAUGACCGUUGACAUGAACAAAGGUGAUGGUAAAUUUACUACGUUUGUUUGGCAGGGGAGACGCUUGUGUAAAGUCUGAUAAUAUGUUGUUUCUUGCUGUUUGUUUACUGGUCAACUCUAGAAAAUAGGCAACUUUUGAGUGUGGAUCUUUUGUGAUUACCAGACAUUUGUGCUGCUUAUUUUGCAAAUAAUUUUCUUCGUUUAGGCAUGCUCAGUGAAGAGAGCCAACAA